UUCUACACGUUUCCCAAGGACGCUGAGCUGCGGCGCCUCUGGCUCAAGAAUGUGUCCCGUGCCGGCGUCAGUGGGUGCUUCUCCACCUUCCAGCCCACCACGGGCCACCGUCUCUGCAGCGUCCACUUCCAGGGUGGUCGCAAAACCUACACGGUGCGCGUCCCCACCAUCUUCCCGCUGCGCGGCGUCAACGAGCGCAAAGUAGCACGCAGACCCGCGGGGGCCGCAGCCGCACGCCGCAGGCAGCAGCAGCUGCAACAGCAGCAACAGCAACAACAACAACAACAACAGCAGCAGCAGCAGCAGCAGCAGCAGCAGCAGCCGCCGCAGCAGCCGUCGCCGUCCGCCUCCGCUGCCCAGACCGCCCAGCUGCAGCCGAACCUGGUGUCUGCCUCAGCGGCUGUACUCCUCACCCUUCAGGCCGCUGUAGACAGCAGCCAGGCUCCAGGAUCCGUGCAGCCGGCGCCCACCACUCCCACGGGAGAAGACGUGAAGCCCAUCGACCUGACGGUGCAAGUCGAGUUCGCAGCCGCAGAGGGCGCAGCCGCCGCAGCCGCUGCGUCGGAGCUAGAGGCUGCUACAGCAGGCCUGGAGGCCGCCGAGUGCCCUAUGGGCCCCCAGUUGGUGGUGGUGGGGGAAGAGGGCUUCCCUGAUACUGGCUCCGACCACUCGUACUCUUUGUCGUCAGGCACCACGGAGGAGGAGCUCCUGCGCAAGCUGAACGAGCAGCGGGACAUCCUGGCGCUGAUGGAGGUAAAGAUGAAGGAGAUGAAGGGCAGCAUCCGUCACCUGCGUCUCACCGAGGCCAAGCUGCGCGAAGAACUCCGGGAGAAGGAUCGGCUGCUGGCCAUGGCUGUCAUCCGCAAGAAACACGGAAUGUGAACCGGUCUCUUUUCGGCCUUUGGGACUCCCGGACCCCUGCCAGCUUAGGGGGACCUCAGGCCGCGGUUGUUGAACACCCACCUAGUCCUGGGGCACUGGUUGUCAGUACUGAAGCUUAGGGCAGCUGGAAUCUUUUGCUGGGGACCUGUCACCCUCUCUUGUUUCCUCCUGAAGCAAGGUCCUGAAGUCGGGGACCUCAGACUGCACUGGUGACACCAGCAAUUAUGACUCUGUCAACCCCCCUCCCCACCUUCACCCCCAGUUGCAGGUUCUGGUUAAGCAGGGGCUUCAGAACCACUGAACUUACCCACUUGGGAUGCAGACGGAAUGCCGAAGGACUAUGGGUUGGGAAGACAACACCUUGAGUUUGGCCAGCAAUCAGAGACAACUCUUCUGUGUAGUGAUAAGAGAUCAAGUAACAUCAUUUCUCCCACUUUUUGUGCUUUCCCUUCCCAGAUGCAGCCUGUGAUUUUGAUGGGGACUGGCAGAUCUGUGCCUCUGCUUCCUAGGACUUCCUUCCCAGGAGGUCAUCUACAAGGGGAUCUAGGUGACCUGUUGAUGGAGAUCCAGCUUGCCAGGGACUUAGGUCUAUCCUGUUAUGUUUGCUACUGGUUACAAAUUCUAUUUUCUGUACAAUUAGUCAAACUAAAGUUUUCACUGUGUUUGUUUGGCAAAACGAAUUAAACAGAAAGUAAGGUUUUUA